UUUUUAUUUAGGUUUGAGAAGUGGACGUACGAUGUUCGAUCUUAAUUUCGGGCUGAUUUUUCGAAUUUAGGAUGCAUACUUGAAACGGGACCAUGGCGUCCGUGAAAGUGGCAGUUCGGGUGCGUCCCUUCAACCAAAGGGAGUUGGACAUGGGGGCUAAGGCGGUCAUCAGGAUGGACGGCAAAAAGACCAGGAUUGUCAAUCUGUCAAAGCGUCCGUCCUUAACAGCAAAUCCCUUAGCAACUUCGGAAUCAACUGCUGGAGAUGUUGGCUUCAAAGACUUCACUUUUGAUCAUUCCUACUGGUCGUUUGAACCAUCAGAUCCAGAUUUUGCCACUCAGGAGCAGGUCUUUGAGGAAUUGGGAACUGAGGUUGUUGCCAGUGCCUUCGAAGGCUACAAUGCCUGCUUGUUUGCGUACGGCCAGACUGGAAGUGGAAAAACUUUUACGAUGACUGGCCCACCUGAUGACCCUGGGCUUAUACCAAGGAUUUGUGAAGCAAUGUUUGGAAAAAUGCAGGAGGAGCAAGAGGAUAAAAAUUAUAGAGUAGAUGUCAGUUAUUUGGAGAUCUACAACGAGAAGGUACGCGACCUUUUGGCCUCCAGCAAUCCAUCAGGUGGUCUCAGAGUGAGAGAGCACCCUCGUCAAGGUCCGUAUGUAUCGGAUCUGUCGCAUCACUUGGUGACAUGCUACGACCAUGUCGCCCAGCUGAUGGAACGAGGCAACCGCGCCAGGUGCACAGCUGCCACAAACAUGAACGACACCAGCUCUAGGAGUCACGCCAUUUUCACUCUUACCUUCAGACAGGCUGGCCUGGGAGCGGAAGGGCUUCCGUGCGAGACCACCUCCAAAGUCCAUUUAGUGGACCUGGCUGGAAGUGAAAGAGCGGACGCGACAGGUGCCACGGGCCAACGUCUGAAGGAAGGAGCCCACAUCAACAAAUCUUUGGUCACACUUGGUUCUGUCAUUUCGGCUCUUGCUGAGAAGAGGGUCGGUUCCUUUGUUCCAUACAGGGAUGCCGUCCUCACGUGGCUCCUCAAAGAUAGCCUCGGUGGAAACUCAAAAACCAUCAUGGUGGCAGCGAUAUCGCCUGCCGACUGCAACUACAGCGAAACACUUAGCACACUGCGCUACGCAAACCGAGCCAAGAACAUCGUCAACCAGCCCACAGUGAACGAGGAUCCCAACGUUCGUCUCAUCCGCGAACUGCGUGAGGAGAUUUACAAACUGCGGGGGUUGUUGGGUGAAGAGACUCAACCAAAGGUGCUGGCCGAGCUUCAGCAAAAGGAGGCGAAAGAGAAGAGUCUGACUGCUGAGUGGGCCGAGAAGUGGCGGGAAACCCAGGCUAUUCUCCGAGAGCAGCAGGCGCUGGGGUUGAGGAAGGCAGGCAGGGGUGUUGUCCUGGACAGUGACCGGCCGCACUUGGUAGCAAUAGACCAGGAUGACCGACUCAGCACUGGAGUCACGCUUUAUCAUUUAAACAGAAAUGGUGACACGGUGAUAGGCGCUGCGGAGGGUUCGGACAUAGUCCUGCCUGGACUUGAACCUCACCACUGCAUUGUCACUCUGAAAGACGGCAUUGCUGUUCUCACCCCCAAAAAUGGCUACUGCAGCGUGGAUGGAUUGGCAACUGAAACGUCCUCCAGAAUAAGUCAAGGAAGCUUGAUAGGUCUGGGUAGAGCGCAUGUUUUACGGUACAACGACCCUGCUGAGGCGGCUCAGCUGAGAAAAGAAGGCCGGGUGAUGAGCAGAAGCAGUUUGUUUGGCGGAUCGACUAGUGAUCUGAACCUGAAUGUGGAGGAACGAGAACUUGAAACAGAACGAAGGCGGCUAGCCAGAGAGUAUGAGGAGCGCAAGAGACAGUUGGACGAAGAGCGAAGGCGGCUGGAAGAGAGGCAGAAGGAGGCAGAGGAGCAGCUCAGACUAAGGGAAGAGAAAUUGGAGGAGCAGCGGAAGCGAAUAGAAAAUAAGAAAGAGGAAGAGCUGGAAAAGGUGGUAGAGGAGCAGUCACAGCUCAGAAUUCUCCAAGAUGAGAUGGUGCGAAGACGGGCGCUGCUGAAAGAUCUCAUGGACCAGAUGGAUGAGGAGCAGUCCGCUGAAACCCUAGAGGCCAUCCAGCAGGUUAUUAUACUGCAGCGGGAGGAGCUGCAAGAGCUUGAAAAGCGAGUGGUAGAGCGACUAGCAACGUUGCAGGAGCGACAAAAAAGAGUCGCCGAACUGGACGCGCAGCUGGAGGCGGCCAGGGAGGAGGUGGAGACAGCGAGGCUAGCCCUGAAGGAACGCACCGAGGCCGAGUUGCAGGCCAUGCACAAACGACGCGCCUCCCUUUCGCUGGCGCUGAACGGCCGCGGCCGGCUUGGGCCGCCUUCCUCGGACGACUCGUUCCACACAGCCACAGACCAACCGCAGACUCUUUGGCCGCCCGACUCAGCCCUGAGCGACUCCGGCCUUGGACUGGCCUCGCCUGGAGAGGCCCUGGCGCGGAAGGUAGCUCAGCAGAAGGAGAAGAUAUUGACCGCUCUUGAGGAUGAGAACUGCGACAAAGAGGCUUUGAAUGACCACAUUGCUCAUCUUCAGGAGCUACAGAGGGAGCAGAUCCGCCUCGAGACCAAAAUGAACGGUAACCUCAAAGGAGGCCCUGCCAGACGACCUUUAGAGGCUGAGGUCGAUGAACCCCCAAUAACGGUGCGAGCCAAUGCGUUUAGACGGCACUCCGCAUUUGAAUUAUCUUCCCCGAAUCGAAUGCCUCUCACACCUGUAAUGUUUUCUUCAGUCACAAGCUUGGACAGAGUGACUCCCUUAGGGAGGUCUUUGGUGUAUUGCUCACCACUUUUGUCUCCAGCUUCCUGCAAUUUGGCUUUUGCUGACGAACUUGACGAGACUGAACUGCGAGUCAGCGUGCCGUCCUACCUGUUGCGGGGCGCGGGCAGCGGCACUCACUACGAGUACGAGGUGCGAGUGAGCGUCGCUGGCGCCCGGUGGACCCUGCUGCGACGCUACAAGAGAUUCAGAGAACUGCACAUUGACAUGAAAGCGCGCUACGGCGUCCAGGUAGAAACACUACCCUUCCCGCCGAGAAAAUUUUUUGCCAAAAAUUCUGAAGCUAUAGCCAAGCAAAGAAGAAGGCAACUUGAGGUGUACCUGCAAAAACUGCUGGCUGUCUGUUCACAAAUUCCGUCGUGCCCCUUAUACCCUUGCAGAGAAACUCCAUCCCGACUGGCUCUUUUGGAGUUCUCGUCUUUCUUCAGGAAAGGUGUUUUUGAAUCGGGCAAAGCGGGCACCAGCUAGCUAAUUUUUGUUCCAUUUUUCCUAACUUAUAUUAUUUAUGUGUAAGUCGUGCUUUGGGAGCAAUCAUAUUUACCAUUGUAUAUUAUGCUAAAAGUGAUCAUUCUAAUCAGAAUUAAUGUUGUUGGUGUCAAUUCAUUAAGUUUGGUCCAACGUGUUAAAUCCUUGUUGACGUGUGUAAAUGCCAAACUAAUAUUGCAAGUCACUUAUGGAGACUUAAACUUUUACAAUUCCAAAAAUGCAGCGUUUUGUCGUCUCAGUUAUUUUUUAAUAAAGAAAAUUAAGAGUGUUAUGAGAUGUAAAUCAAAUGCAUUGGCAUUGACUGAAUAAGAGAUUUUAACCAAUGUUAUCACAAAUGUCGAGUUCUCCAAGUGUGUUUCAGCAAAUCAAUAAACAACGUUAAAGCGUCUAAAUAUGACGUACACAAUUAUAAUG